UAACAGUUUCGUAACAAUGUGUGGGAUUGUCAUACCAUUCGUAAUUGUUAAAAGUUCACGGGUAACAAUACCUGUUCUCUAUUUAGUAUUUAGUUCGAUUUUCGCGCCUCGUAGAGUAGUUUUUUAGCUAUUUUAUUGUCAUUAUUUUAUAUUGUUGCCCACAUUUCUAAUACUUAACAGUUUUCGUGGUCACAUGACCGCAUGUGGCCCGUCAGGGUGAACAUGAAAUUAUGUGGUACAUUUAUUUUUAUGGUGGGACAAUGUCACACAGGAUACCGGAAACUUGGGGGUGGUGUUUUGGCGCCUCAAGUAAAUCGGACAGGAGAGAUUUAGUAGACCAGGCUGAGAUCCACGGCUGCUUCAAAUUAUGGUGACGAUUUCUUUUGUGUUUGCAGAUGAAGCUCUGUGUUGUGUUCGCGUUCGCUGCUGUAGCCGUGGUGGCGGCUAGUGGUGCAGAUGUUAAAUCCGGUAGCAGAUCUAAUCUGAGCGUCGGGUUUAUUGGUCCCCAGGACAGGCUGCUGCGUAGCUCGAGAUUCUCUCGUAUGGCAACCGACCCGUCGUGGCUUCACUUUUAUGGUCUCUUUGCACCCCCCGGCACCCGUAUUAACGCAGUCCGGGCUACGCAAGUGCGCAACUGUCCAGAUUUCCAGGGGCGGCGUAGGCUUCGAGUUUGUGAGUUUUGAGUUCAGAAACGCACCGGGCCGAGGAUUCACUUAUGACUUGGAAAUUUGGGGACGGUGAGUGCUAAUGAUUUUCAGUGUUUUCUCGUGAGAGCGGUAAGCGUAACACGUAGUACAGUCAGGAACAAAAUGUUUAUUACAUUAUUGAAAUAAAAUUUGCGUAUGAUUUUUUAAAAAUGUUAAAUUGUUUAAAUAAAUAAUUUAAAAAUAACAGUUAAGAUUUUUGCAUAAAUCUCAUUAAUGAAUAAAAUUUACUUUACCAAUCUGUUCUUAUAUUUGAUUUUGUUUCUUGUUCUAAUAUGUUUUUUGUGCAAUGGUACAUUUUUUGUAAUAAUAAAAAUUAUUAAAACAAUUA